AUGACUAACAUAUUUAAGUAAGAUACUAAAUAAAGUCUAUGUGAUAAUCAUAAUUCUAAUAUAUUAAGUUCCUAGUAUACUAUAUUCAAUUAAACAAUUCAUUCCACCAAUUUCAAUAAUAACAAUUAUAAUCAUAUAUAAAAAGGAUUAAUCAAAAAAUUGAAUAGCAAAACUAUUUUAACUUAAUAUAAAAUUUCUCAUCAGAAAACAUAGUAUAAAGCUUAGUAACAUAGAACUAUAAAUCUCAAAAAAUAGUCAUUAUAAAGAAAUAAUUCUACUUAUAAAAAAUCUUUGAAUUUAGAGGAUUCUGACAAUUCUAAAAUAAGAAAUAUAGAAUAAUUUUUAGAAUUUCAUAAUGAUAUUACUUAUGCUACAUAAAUAUAAAGAAAUCAAAGACAAAUAGAAAUAAAUCAUAAUAAUUUGAAUUCAUAAUUUUACUAGUUUGAUAAUUAAGGAUCUCCAGCUAUGCAUAAUAAUUAAGGUAAACCAUUAUAAUUUCCUGAAUCAAUUGAUGAGAUGAUGAGAAUUCUAUUUCCAAAACCAAGUACAAUUUUAGUUGUUGAUGAUUCCCCUGUUAAUGUAUUUGCAUUUAGAUUAAUAAUGCAAAAAUAUGAUUUUAUUCAUGGAUUUGACUAUCCCUAUCAUGAUGGAUAUGAACUUACUGAAUAAAUUAGAAUUAUGGGGUCAUAUUUAUUUUAUUUUUAUGUGAUUUUAGGAAAAGGAUAAAUUUAUAGAAAAAUAUUUCAUAAUUGCUUUAACUGGAUAUGA